GCAUGGUCAAAACAGACAUUUCUUCUCAAACUUUCUCAUUCUUUUUCCUUUAUGCAUCAUUCAUAAAGUAGAUAAAGCCAACCCACAAACCAACUAACACAUUCUUUCUAUUGCACCCACCCAGGAGAGCACCACCUAGCUGCACACAAAUUAACAAGAUCUCCUAUCUGUUUGGGAGUUUGGCAGUGAGAGAGCAAUGGAAGCAGGGUUAGCUCCAAAUUCAUGCACAACAAGGGGAGUGUUAGAGAAGAAGACAAGGCCACAACCACAAGAGCAAGUGAAUUGUCCAAGGUGCAAUUCAACCAACACCAAGUUCUGCUAUUACAACAACUACAGCCUCACACAACCGAGAUACUUCUGCAAGACAUGCAGAAGGUAUUGGACAGAAGGAGGGUCUCUCAGAAAUGUCCCAGUUGGAGGUGGUUCAAGGAAGAACAAGAGGAUCAUUACCUCAGCUUCACCAAAGGUUAUUCCAGACUUAAAUCCACCAAUUCCAAAUGCAAGCCUUAAUAAAGUGCAACAAGUAGGCCAUGAUCUUAAUUUGGCUUUUCCAGCUAUGGGGAAUUAUCAUCAUGGUCAUGGCAUGUCAUCUCCAUAUGUUGAAAUGGGUCAUGACACCAGUAAUUACCAUAGCUCUUCUUCUUGUUCUACUGCUCCAAUUGAUCUAUUAAGGUCUGGCUUGGUGGGUUCUAGGGGUUUGAAUAAUCCUUAUGUUGUGAUGCCAAUGAGCUCAAAUUCCCUUUACCCUGCAUCUGGGACUGGGUUUCCCAUGCAGGAAAUGAAACCAAGUCUUGGGCUGGGCUUUUCACUUGAUGGGCUUGAAAACAGAUCAUAUGAUGAGAUCCAACAGAAUGGUGGUGGGAGUGGGAGACUUUUGUUCCCUUUUGGAGGAGACACCAAGCAAGUUGAAGUGGAACACAGUAAUAAAGAACAAGGGAACAAAUCAACUGCAUAUUGGACUGGAAUUAAUGACUGGUGAAGGGUCAUCAUCACGGUAAUUAAGGAAAGUAAUUAAGGGAGAACAAGAAAAUCCAGAAUCUGCAUUAUUUUCCAUUCCUUCCCUAUUUCUAGGUCCUUUCACAUGGAUCAGCAUGACCUGUUUGAAGGUAUUCAGAACUAACAAUAGGAUACAUAUUGGAGCAAUGUGACGGUUUUACAGCUCUCAUCUUGUUUUUCUUUAUAUUAUAUAUUUAGAGAUAGAAGAAGAGGUGAAUAUAGGACCUGCUUUUGCCUGAGUCAUGCAACCUGUAUUCAUGAAUUCUUCUGUCAAAAUUAAGUGACUUUUGGUGAUUAAGGAAGGAAAGGCUUAGAUGUCCGAGUUUGUAAGUGUAACCAUAAUAUUAUUAGAUAAUGGUUGAGUGGAGCUUUGUUCAA